GGCUGACUUGCAAGGGGGAAUGCAAUCACACAAGGCAUGGCAUGGCAAAACCCAAACACAGACAGGAAGAAAGGGCUAACAGUCCGCAAGACACAGGUCAGCACUGACUGACCAGUCUGUCUGCCCUGUCUAAUCUAGUCUAGGCGAGUUUGGUGGACCGAUGCACACGUGCCCGAAUGCCCUGAUUAACACAGAUGAAUGACAGACACACCAAAGCAAACAAACAUGCUUGUCGUCAGUCAUUUGAGCAGUUAGUUAAACUGUGCUGUCGGGUCGGUUGGCAUACCGUUUCCUCUCCCGCGUAAGUGCCGUCGGCAGCACCCUCCUGCAUCGCACGGACCUGACCCUGCACACAACACACAACACACAACAGUCAGUAGGGCAAGCGCACCAACGUGGCUCUUUCUGGUGGGCUUGUUGGUCAUUCAUUCAUCUGUGAGUACUCAGAGUGGUCAAUCAUAUCAUUGACUGACCUUUCUGCGUUUGAGCGCCUGGUCGUAUUUGUAUCGGUGUUUGACGCGGGCGUUGCCCUCGAUCUUCUUCCGCUUGCGAGUGAGACCCUUGUUCUUCAUUAUCUGAUACGUCGUACCUGCAGCCAUCGAUGUGCGCGUGGACACGCACACACAUGCAGCAGAUCUGCAUGCCUAUCUGUCUGCUCGCCUUGCGUACCUCUCUUGCCCUGUGAGGUCUCCUCGACGGCAUUGAUGUGCUGCAGUGACCUCUCCUUGAGCAGCUCCUUCUUGUGCACUUUCUUGGCCUUGUUGGCCCUCAUCUGCUGAGCAAUGAUGUCGGCCACGUUGCCCCCCUCCUCCUCCAUCUCAUCCUCGCCGUCGUCGCCAUCGCCCAUCCCCACAUCGACCUCGUCGGCGAACAUCUGAUAGAUCCAUCCACCCAUCCAUCCAUCCAUCCAUGUGUGAUGUGACGCGUGCUCACUCACCUGUGUGUCGGGGGUCUUGUUGUUCUGAGCCGAUGUGCCACCAUUGCGUUGCUGGAGCAGGAGGUCCAUGGCUGACGCCUUGUCGGCCCUCUUGCGUCGCUCCUUGAAGGCCACAUUCUCGUCAGCGCUUUUCUGCACCUUGCUGCGGUCAAGAGAACCCUUCGCCUGCACACGCGUUGGCAUAGGCAGAGACACACAUGGAUGAGUGCACGGCACGGACGAUCGGGCGUCGGCGUGUUUGCCUGUCGGGCGAUGUUGAGGUACUGGGCCAGGGUUGGUUUCUUGCCGAACUUGGGCAUGAGAGAGGGGUCAUCUAGGUCGCCGUCGAGACCCUCAGUAGAGAACCUGGCCAUCUCUUGCUCCGUUGGCUCGCGUGUCAGGUCCGGCUCUCUCGUCGAUGGCAGAUGCUCUUCGUCAUUGGACAACGGCACCUGGAUGGAUCAAAUUCGGCACAGACAGGUCAGCUGGUGGAUGAGCUGAGGCUCUGUUCUCUCUGUGUGGACGGACGCCUGGCUGACCUCUUUUGUGGCCAUCCUGCGCAUGGCAGCCGCCACUAUCUCACUCCGUUUCAACACACGAGGACCGUUGGCAGCCUGCCUCACGACACCACAGCACAGAAUAGCAUCGGUGGCACCCAUCGUCCCUCCCCGAGGUACACAAGCCUCUUUCGUCCAUGCGCACCCACACCCACCUUCGACGCGUUUGUCUCCCUCUGCGCCUUCCUGUCCGCUUCUCGCUUCUCGAUGCUCUGUUGGCCAUCAUCAUUGCCGCGCUUCUUGCCCGUUGCUGCUAUCCUGAGCAGCGUGCUGAUGUCCUUGUUCAUGGCGUCGCCGCCCAUCUUGCUGAGCUCUUCAUCGAGCGUCCGCAGCUGCACCAGCCGCUCCACGACAGGGUGCUCCGUGAUGCUCCUGCCCUCGCCCUUCAUGGCCAAGUAAUAGCAGAAGUGCAGGUGGUAACUCAGCAGCACCUGCGUCCACAACUCGAUCAACUGCCGACCCUGAAUGAACAUACAACACGCACACAAGAAGCAUCAGACACACACCAGCGGAUGGAUGUGGAUGCGCACAGCUGACCUCGUGUGUGACAAGGGCAGGGUUAGCUCGGAUGGCGUCCAUGGCUGGCAGGAGGGUCGUCUGCAGGAGGUGAAUCUUGUGCUUGAAGUCGGUGAGCAGGCCGACCAUCUCGGGGUGCUCCUCCCGCACCAGCCGCCUCUUCUCGGCCACCGAAAGGCUCGCCACGUCCUUGCGGAUGCGCUCCACGGACAGACCUCCACUCAGGUGCAUCCCCGACGCAAGAGCCUCAAGCUCCUGAAAAAGACCAAACCACGCGGAAGGAAGGCAGAUUGAUGCACAAACAAGUGAGUGCAAAGCGGUGCGGACGGCCACGUGUUCACGUUUUGGACAGAUUGUGCGAGGUUCUUCUCCUCGGCUUCAUCUGGGAGCUCCCCGCCGGCCAUCUCCUUGGCGAGAAGGUCCAGCUGGCCCGUCCCGAUGUCCAAGACCUGACUCAUCUUGGCGGCCCGCUGCUUCUGGAUGAGCCUGGCCUCCUCCAGAGCACCCGCCUCGUCACUCUCCUCGUCGGACUCGUCGACGCCUUCGUGAUCCAGCCCCUCGUCGUAGAAAUCGCGUGCCUUGCGGCCCCAGGCUGCGCGGGGAGCCGUCCCGCUGUCGUCUUCAUCCUCUUCCUGGUCUUCACCCUCGUCAAACGCAUCGUCGCCGGCAAACUCCGCCUCUCGUUCUCGCUCGGCGAGCUCCCUGAGUUUGCGGGUGUCCUCGUCUUCAUCCUCCUCUGCUAUCAGGCCCAUCAGGGCAUCCAUCGCGUGGGCGUACUCAUCUGAACACAGUCGACCAGCCGAGAAGCACAUGCUGAUGUGAGCAUGUGUAUCAUGUGUGAGAGAUCUUUCUCAGCUGCGUACCUUCUCCGGCGUCCUUCGGAUGAGUGUCAUCGUAGAUCUUCAGGCCCUCCUCCGCUGCCGCUUGACGCCUCUGGUAGUGCGCGUCCACCUCUCCAAGUCCGUACUUCUCGAUGCCUGACGACGAUGCCCCUCCUCUGCCACGCUUCGCCUUCGCUGAUCUCUUCAUCGCUUCUGUUCUGUGAAUCAACAGCUGCCUCUUUCUUCC